AUGGCGUAUGUAGAUUCGAAAGCUCCAGUUCGCAGUGUGAAGCGGGUCCAAUUUGGAAUAUUGGCUCCCGAUGAAAUUCGUCGUAUGUCAGUAACAGAAGGAGGCAUUCGUUUUCCAGAAACAUAUGAAGGUGGCAGACCAAAACUUCAGGGUCUUAUGGACCCUCGUCAAGGUGUCAUGGAUAGAAAUUCUCGUUGCCAGACUUGUGCUGGUAACCAGACUGAAUGUCCUGGCCACUUUGGACACAUAGACCUGGCCAAACCUGUUUUCCAUGUUGGUUUCAUUACGAAGACGAUUAAAAUCUUAAGAUGUGUAUGCUUUUAUUGCUCCAAAAUGCUUGUCAGUCCAACGAACCCUAAGAUCAAAGAAGUGGUAAUGAAAUCAAAAGGACAGCCCAGAAAACGUUUAACUUUUGUAUAUGACCUUUGCAAAGGUAAAAAUAUAUGUGAGGGUGGUGAUGAGAUGGAUAUUCAUAAAGAUAAUGCAGAUGACCCAAACAUCCAACAACCACGCAAACAAGGGCAUGGAGGCUGUGGUCGAUAUCAGCCAAACAUCAGAAGAACUGGACUUGACCUGACAGCUGAAUGGAAACAUGUGAACGAAGAUUCGCAGGAGAAGAAAAUAAGUUUGGGUGCUAAACUCAGGCAUAUAACAGAUGAAGAAUGUUAUAUCUUGGGAAUGGAUCCCAAGUUUGCUCGACCUGACUGGAUGAUAGUAACAGUUUUGCCCGUUCCACCACUGUCGGUUCGACCUGCUGUUGUUAUGUAUGGCUCAGCACGAAAUCAGGAUGAUUUGACACACAAACUUGCGGACAUUAUAAAAGCAAACAACGAACUAAUCAGAAAUGAGCAAGCGGGUGCUGCGGCACAUGUUAUCUCAGAAAACAUCAAAAUGCUUCAGUUUCAUGUGGCUACGCUUGUUGACAAUGACAUGCCAGGCUUACCAAGAGCAAUGCAGAAAUCUGGAAAGCCACUGAAGGCAAUCAAAGCACGGCUGAAAGGAAAGGAAGGCCGUAUCCGUGGUAACUUGAUGGGGAAACGAGUGGACUUCUCUGCUCGAACUGUCAUUACACCUGAUCCCAAUCUCCGUAUUGACCAAGUCGGAGUUCCAAGAUCAAUCGCUCAGAACAUGACAUUUCCAGAAAUUGUGACACCAUUCAAUAUUGACAAAAUGCAAGAAUUAGUGCGCAGGGGGAAUUCCCAGUACCCAGGAGCAAAGUACAUUGUGCGAGACAAUGGUGAACGGAUCGAUCUACGUUUUCAUCCGAAGUCAUCUGACCUUCAUUUGCAGUGCGGUUAUAAAGUGGAAAGACAUAUACGUGAUGGUGACUUGGUUAUAUUCAACCGGCAACCUACACUACACAAAAUGUCCAUGAUGGGCCACAGAGUAAAAGUUCUGCCAUGGUCAACAUUCAGGAUGAAUCUCAGCUGCACAUCACCGUACAAUGCUGACUUUGAUGGUGACGAAAUGAAUCUGCAUGUCCCACAGUCAAUGGAGACACGAGCUGAGGUGGAGAAUAUUCAUGUGACACCUCGCCAGAUCAUCACACCACAGGCCAACAAACCUGUAAUGGGUAUUGUGCAAGAUACACUUACAGCUGUCAGGAAGAUGACAAAGCGAGAUGUCUUCCUUGAGAAAGAACAAAUGAUGAAUCUAUUGAUGUUUCUUCCCAUUUGGGAUGGAAAAAUGCCACAACCAGCUAUUAUGAAACCAAAGCCUUUAUGGACAGGAAAGCAGGUAUUCUCCCUCAUCAUCCCUGGAAAUGUAAACAUGAUCCGAACACAUUCCACACAUCCAGAUGAAGAGGAUGAUGGUCCAUUCAAAUGGAUUUCUCCUGGGGAUACAAAGGUAAUGGUAGAGCAUGGUGAACUUGUGAUGGGUAUCUUGUGCAAGAAGACCCUUGGAACAUCUGCAGGAUCAUUGCUGCACAUUUGUAUGUUAGAAUUGGGUCAUGAAGUGUGUGGGCAGUUCUAUGGAAACAUUCAGACUGUUGUGAACAACUGGCUGCUCCUAGAAGGUCAUUCUAUUGGUAUUGGAGACACCAUUGCAGAUCCUCAGACAUACUUAGAAAUUCAAAAGGCCAUCAAGAAAGCCAAGGAAGAUGUGAUAGAAGUGAUCCAAAAAGCUCACAACAUGGAACUUGAACCUACACCUGGUAACACUCUAAGGCAAACGUUCGAGAAUCAGGUGAACCGCAUUCUGAAUGAUGCUCGAGACAAGACUGGAGGCUCGGCUAAGAAAUCUCUAACAGAAUACAACAACCUGAAGGCCAUGGUAGUAUCUGGAUCUAAGGGUUCCAACAUUAAUAUCUCACAGGUUAUUGCUUGUGUGGGUCAGCAGAACGUUGAAGGGAAACGCAUUCCUUUCGGAUUUCGGAAGAGGACGCUGCCUCACUUCAUCAAGGACGAUUAUGGUCCAGAAUCAAGAGGUUUUGUAGAAAACUCGUAUCUGGCUGGGCUUACUCCCUCCGAGUUCUUUUUCCAUGCUAUGGGAGGACGAGAAGGUCUCAUUGAUACAGCUGUCAAGACAGCUGAGACAGGAUAUAUCCAGCGUCGGCUGAUCAAGGCUAUGGAGUCUGUCAUGGUUCAUUAUGACGGAACAGUGCGUAACUCUGUGGGGCAGUUGAUUCAGUUGCGUUACGGUGAGGAUGGUCUGUGUGGAGAAACCGUAGAAUUUCAGAAUCUGCCUACAAUCAAAUUGUCAAACAAAUCCUUUGAAAAGAAAUUCAAAUUUGAUCCAACAAAUGAAAGAUACUUGCGUAGAAUCUUCAAUGAGGAUAUUCUGAAGGAACUCAUGGGAAGUGGUGAUGUAAUAUCAGAGUUAGAAAAGGAGUGGGAGCAGCUAGUAAAGGAUCGUGAAGCACUGCGACAGAUUUUUCCCAGUGGAGAAAGCAAAGUGGUAUUGCCGUGCAACCUGCAGCGUAUGAUUUGGAAUGUGCAGAAGAUCUUCCAUAUUAAUAAACGUGCACCAACUGAUCUGAGUCCGCUAAGAGUCAUUCAAGGUGUAAAUGAUCUUUUGAAGAAGUGCAUCAUUGUGGCCGGUGAUGACCACCUUAGCAAGCAGGCUAAUGAAAAUGCAACUUUGCUUUUCCAAUGCCUUGUGCGCUCCACACUAUGCACCAAGUGUGUUUCUGAGGAGUUCAGAUUAUCUUCUGAGGCAUUUGAGUGGCUUAUUGGUGAAAUUGAAACACGAUUUCAACAGGCGCAGGUUAGCCCAGGUGAGAUGGUAGGAGCCUUGGCUGCUCAGUCGCUCGGCGAACCUGCCACACAGAUGACAUUGAACACAUUCCAUUUUGCUGGAGUGUCAUCCAAGAAUGUAACGCUGGGUGUGCCUCGUCUGAAAGAAAUUAUCAAUAUAAGCAAGAAGCCAAAAGCUCCUUCACUUACGGUGUUCCUCAUUGGUGCUGCGGCGAGAGAUGCCGAGAAGGCUAAGAAUGUCCUGUGUCGCUUGGAACACACUACAUUGAGGAAGGUGACUGCAAAUACAGCCAUUUAUUAUGAUCCAGAUCCUCAAAACACUGUAAUUGCUGAGGAUCAGGAAUUUGUUAAUGUGUACUAUGAGAUGCCUGACUUUGACCCGACACGCAUAUCUCCCUGGUUGCUCCGCAUUGAGCUUGACCGAAAGCGGAUGACAGACAAAAAAUUAACCAUGGAACAGAUCGCAGAAAAAAUUAAUGCAGGUUUUGGUGAUGACCUCAAUUGCAUCUUUAAUGAUGACAAUGCAGAGAAACUAGUUUUGCGUAUUCGUAUCAUGAACAGUGAUGAUAACAAAUUCCAAGAUGAAGAAGAGACUGUGGACAAAAUGGAAGAUGACAUGUUCCUUCGGUGCAUUGAAGCAAAUAUGUUGUCGGACAUGACAUUGCAGGGCAUUGAAGCCAUAGGCAAAGUGUACAUGCACUUGCCCCAAACAGAUUCGAAAAAACGAAUAAUCGUAACUGAGACAGGAGAAUUCAAAGCAAUUGCCGAGUGGUUGUUGGAAACUGAUGGAACAAGUAUGAUGAAAGUAUUGAGUGAAAGAGAUGUUGAUACAAACAGGACUUUCUCCAAUGACAUCUGUGAAAUUUUCUCUGUUCUUGGAAUUGAGGCUGUACGUAAAUCAGUGGAGAAAGAAAUGAAUACAGUUCUACAGUUCUAUGGUUUGUACGUAAACUAUCGACAUCUUGCCCUGCUGUGUGACGUAAUGACUGCCAAAGGCCAUUUGAUGGCCAUUACGCGUCACGGGAUCAACCGACAAGAUACAGGCGCACUCAUGAGGUGUUCAUUCGAAGAAACAGUUGAUGUAUUAAUGGAUGCUGCAUCACAUGCUGAAGUAGACCCCAUGAGAGGUGUAUCAGAAAAUAUCAUUAUGGGACAACUUCCUAGACUUGGCACAGGAGCAUUUGAUUUGCUGCUCGAUGCAGAGAAAUGCAAAGCUGGUAUAGAAAUACCAAUGAGCAUGGGUGCAGGUAUGAUGGGAGGAGGUAUGUUCUUUGGCAGUGCAGCAACACCAUCCAUGAGUCCACACAUGACUCCAUGGAACCAGGGUGCAACUCCAGCCUAUGUUAGUUCAUGGUCUCCAGGCAAUAUGUUAGGUAGUGGUGCAACUCCAGGUGGACCGAGUUUCUCACCGUCAGGUGCCAGUGAUGCAAGCGGUUUAUCACCAGGAUAUUCUCCUUAUUCCCCGCAACCUGGAAGUCCGUCUUCACCUGGUCCAACAAUGAGUCCAUACAUUCCAAGCCCAGUGAGUGGCAUGUCACCAAACUAUUCCCCAUCAAGUCCAGCAUAUGCUCCUUCACCCAGCCUCACGCCGUCAAGUCCGAAUUACAGUCCAACAAGUCCGUCAUAUUCUCCCACAUCACCAAAUUACUCACCAACCAGCCCCAGCUACUCUCCAACAAGCCCAUCUUAUUCUCCUACUUCUCCUUCAUAUAGCCCUACUUCUCCAAGUUACAGUCCAACAAGUCCCAGCUAUAGUCCUACCAGUCCAUCCUAUAGCCCAACUAGUCCAUCAUAUUCUCCAACAAGUCCAAGCUACAGUCCAACAUCUCCAAGUUACAGUCCAACAAGCCCUAGUUACAGCCCGACCAGUCCAUCCUAUUCACCAACAAGUCCAAGUUACUCUCCUACCAGCCCUUCAUAUUCUCCGACGACUCCGUCUUAUUCGCCGACAAGUCCGUCGUACAGUCCGACCAGCCCAAGUUACUCUCCCAGUUCUCCUAACUACACGCCCGCCUCUCCGUCAUACUCACCGACCAGUCCAAGCUAUUCUCCAAGUUCACCACAGUAUUCACCUGCUAGCCCCAGCUACUCACCUAGCAGUCCCAAGUACUCUCCAACGUCGCCAUCCUAUUCUCCAACGUCCCCAUCCUUUCCUGGCUCAUCGCCACAAUAUACUCCAGCAUCGCCACAGUAUUCGCCCACAAGCCCAACAUAUAGCCCAACGAGUCCAUCGUACUCUCCCAGCUCACCACAGCAUACACCAGGUGCUUCCACGCGCUACUCACCCACUUCGCCUAACUACUCGCCAACGAGCCCUACGUACUCUCCGACGAGUCCCCAGUACUCGCCGUCAAGCUCCAAGUACUCUCCCACAAGUCCGACAUAUACCCCUACUUCCCCCAACUACAGCCCUUCAUCACCUACAUACUCACCUGCUGUGCCAGGGUACUCUCCAACCUCCCCCACUUAUUCACCUACAUCUCCAGCAUAUGAGAAUAAUGAUUAAAUUACCAUUCUAUAAAUUAAAUGUGUGUGUGUAUGUGUGGGGAUACGGUGCGCUAUGCGUAUCAUAGACACUAGGUAUUAUAUGAAUUUUCAGGUGGCAAUAGUGAAAAAUGGAAAAUAACUAUUUGUUACUAAACAUCUGGAAUAUGAAAACUAAUUAUAUAGAAAUUGCCUGUGGAAAUGUUGUGGAAAUAGGGUACCAGUUUCUUACAGUCAUUGUCUUACAUCAUUUAUAUGUUGACAGAAUAUGCUACUUGUAGAGACAUGACAUUUUAUACUUAUGAAUCCGUACAAUGUGUGGACCAUAAAUUCUUCGCAUCAAAAAGCUUGUUAUGAUAGUUCUAUAAAAAUUAUGUGUGGCUUAGAAGGUUCUUGCAUUUUAUCCUUAUUAUCAAAUUUCAUAAGUGUUAACUUACAAAUUGAAAGUGUUUACUUCUUCUCAUUGCACUUCAGUCCAUUACAUGUGUAUACUAUUAAUAAUUAUAUUUUAUUAUUAUUUUGUGCAUACAGUUUAACAUGUGUUAGAGAGAAAUGUGUCUACUUAGUUCUUGUUUCACUGUUCUUCCAUCUUCGAAGAACUAAAAUGAGAAUACAUUCAAGCUGCCCUAAGAGCAGUUCAUGAUAAGUAAUUUUUAACCCCCCCCCCCCCCCAAAAAAAAAAAGGAAUGUGAUAAAUUACAUUAUUACAUUUAUGAGGAUUCAUGAUAGCAGUGUUCAUUGUUUAUAUAUAAUUUCUGUAUCAAAUCUAGUUGUUAUGAAUUUUUAUAAGCCAUACUCGUAACUUCAAACGUUCAUCAAAGUUUGUUUAUAGUUUAUAGUUGGAAGAUUCCUUUGGACAGGUCCUGGCUCAUACUUUUGCUUUAGCUGUGUUGUAAAUUGAAUAUCUUCCCUUCCACAUCCUUGGAGGAAUCAGCACAAUGUCUUUUUCUUGUUAGCUGCUGUUCAUAGUAAUCCUGCAAAUUGCGCAAUCUCUUGUCACCUAAUUGCUCAUAUCGUUGUUGCGUGUCUUGCAGUCAAGACUCCCACUCUGCUCGUGCUUCAACCAUCAUAUUGGAGAAGUAGUCACACAGCUCUCGUCUUAGUUCAGUUUCUACGGUCAGAGCGCUCCAGUGCCAAUUGUUUUUUCAGUUCAACUUUAUUUAUAAGGGUCUCAAUUUGACUGUGCAAUUGUUGAUAAUCUCUAUUGCUUGUUAGCGAUGAAGCAGACGUAUCUCCUUUCUGGUGAAUUUGUACCAGUUCCUGUAUCUGCAGUAAUUUAUCUUCAGAUUCCCUUAAUUUAUUUUUCAAGAAUUGAAAAAUAAAUUAAAGGAAUCUGAAGAUAAAUUACUGCAGAUACAGAUUCCGUUAAUUUAUUUUUCAAUUCUUGAAGAUUAUGUUCAUUCUCAUUGUUGUUUUCCUCUUGUUUUUUCAAUACAUCUGCCAUAAAUAAUUUUAAUGAUUUAUUGUCCGUUAAUGUUUUCAGUGCUUUUUCUUGUUCUUCAUUUUUCAAUGUCAUGGUUUUCAUGUCACCAUCAUACUUCUCUUGCAGCUCUUUUAGUUGCUUUUCCAGAAUUUCAAUGCACUCAUCCUUCUUGUGUAGGCUAAGCAGCUGCUUGUCAAAUAUGUGCUGUUUAUCACUCAAAGCGUCCACACUGCGUCCAAGUUCACUUUCCUUCUCUGCAAGCUUUAGAUCAAGGGCAUCUCUUUCCUUUUCUGUUGCUUUCAAGUCAUCAUCAAGCUGCUUAUAGUCUACCUCUGCAUCCUCCAGAAUACCUUACAAUUCCUUAAUUCUGCCCUGUUUUUUAAAGAGCUCUUCCUUCAUUUUUGUCAACUGACUUUCAAACUCACUGAUUCGAACACUUCCAUCCCCUCUACAAGCAGCUUGGGCAGCCUCCAUAAGUGUCUCUGCAUACUUCAGAGAUAACUUGCAUUGUGAUAAUUCAAACAUCAACUCUUUUUUUUAAAAAAAAAAAGUUAAUUGCAUUCCUUCUGAGAUGCCUUGAGCAAUUCAUUUGCUGCAUAACGUUUCUCUGUCAAGCAUGUCCCUUCUGCUGUUUGUAUGCAAUUUCCUGACACACUGACUUGUCAUCAAGUUCCACAACUCUGCUAACCAUAUCUGGUUUAAUCAUACAGCUCUGAUUUUGCUUUCCACGAAUGCUGUUAAACAGGGCAUUAAUUCCCCAUGGAAUAAUACCAGGUUCUUGAGAAUGCUGUUCUCAUUUCAAAAUCAUGCCCCAACAUUUUUAAGGUUGUUUCUUUUAUUUGUUACUGUAUACAGUAGUGGGUGCUAACAUUUGGCCCCUGGUUUUUUUGUUAGCAACGAAAUGCAAUGACUAGCAAAUUACAAUUCUAUGCUAAUCAUUUAUCUCAUAUAACCAUAACAAUUUAUAUUUUUAUUUCCUUCUUCUGAAGCUUGUUACACUGUAACACUUUAUUUUUGAAGUGAUUGAAUGCUUGCAUUUAUUGGAAAGAUACAUGUUAUUUUAUAUUAAAAUAUUAAUUGCAUUAAAAGGGAUCAUACACUGCUUCAAAAUAUGAAUUCACUUUCAUUUCCAUGAAUGUAUAGGAUUGAGUCUGACUGCAAUUAAAAUACGUGUGAAAUGCUUGUAAAAUAGUUCCAAAUAUAUGGCAUUAAAACAAUCCACAGUUUGAAUGUUUAGUUUAGUUUUUUUCUUCCAGUCUGAAGUUUGGCAUUUCAUUUUAAGAAUUUGUAUAAAAAUGCAGUUGUUCAGUCAGAUACUGAAAAUGUAAGAUUUGAGGUUUUCACAGCGGUGAUUAUGAAGAUUUUUGUCUUCUGGGUUGUUGCGCCGUGUAGUUCAUAGGUCAUACUGCCUCCGUCAUCAGGGCGAUACUGAAAAUGUUCAUAUCCAGAUACAGAGAUACCCUAAUCUGACAUUCUGCUAGAUAAAUUUGUGCUGCAUUUUUAAUUUUUUGCAAAUAAAUUUUGUCAUUUUAAUUUCUGUUAAAUGUGGUAUUUGUGCCAGUUGACAUUCACAAUUGACCCCAAGAAAUCCAGAUUUCUGUCAUGUGCAGGAUAUUUUGAUAACACACAUUUGCAUCCAGGCACUAACGUGUUCAUUAUGAAUAAGCUUAUUUAAGUGCUGUAAACUUCUGGCCUGCUUCAUAUUUGGAAUUACAGUACUUGCAUUGAGAAUUGUACGUACAAGUAAUAUUCCCCUCAGAGUCAACAUGUCUGAUGCACGUGUUCAGAAAGACACUGGGGUUUUAGGAAGCUAUAUAUUAUUUUACAAAACAUUGGUCACCCAGUAUAUGUAAUGCCCUUUAACUGUUCAGAAACUGCAGGAAUGAGAACUGCUUUCUUGAAGUGGUACGAUUGGUUUCUUUCCAGGACGGUAAAGGUUAUAAUUUUUAAUAUAAGGUCAUUUAUGUUGUAAGUAAAUUAUGUAAUUUGAUGUGCUAAAUACUGAAGGAUGUCCAAAGGGUUCUAUAGUCAUACGUAUAUAAUAAACAAAUAAAUAUAUAAACAUUG